AUGAAGGCCAUUACAAUCUGCUCUCUUCUCCUGUCUGUCGGCUCUGCUAUAGCUGCCCCUGCUAAGCGGACUGAGCAAGCCAUUACUAUCAGCGGCCUCUCUGCAUCUCAAACCGCCCAGGAAGGAUAUAUCACCUUCACCCUAAAGGACCCCAACUACGACGCCUCCACCGGUGCUAAUGUAAUCUGGAACCGCCCCGGCAGCCCCAAUGCCGGCGCUCGCACUAGCGACGGUGCCUACUAUGUGAGAUUCCCGGGAGGUGUGAACGACAUUGCGGUCUUUACCUUGGAGGUUCAGCGGGUCAAGGGCGCCGAGAGAGUCUCUGUCACUCUCAAUGACAAUGGAAACGGCAGUGCUCCGGGCACAAAGUGGUCGUGCACCUCGACCAAUGACUCUGUUGCGGGGAUAAUUGAGAAGUGUACCUAUGAUGGUGACAUCACAUUGACUCCUUUCAAUUCCUGA